GUUGAAUAGCUAAUAAUUCUAUACAAGAAUUAACAGAACAAUUAGCUAUUCAACAACAAGAUACAACAUCAACAUUUUAUCCGGAUAAAAUUAAACAACAUUUACACGAUAAUAAACUUAUACAAAAUGAAUUAGAUCAACGAAAAGUAGCCAUUGAACAAUUACAGACAAAUAUUCAAGAAUUAUAUCAAUUAACAAAUGGUGAUAAUCAAACAAAUUUUAUUAAAGAAUUAGAUGAGAAACUUUCAACAUUAAAUGAUCAAUGGCAUCAAAUAAAUGAUCAUUUAGAAAAUCGUGAUGAAAAUUUAAUAACAAUGUUAACAUGUUCAGAAAUAUUUUGGGUAAAUUAUAAUCAAUUGUGUAAUUUAAUUGAAGAAAUAAAACAAGAAUUAGAGACUAUUUAUCCCUAUUCAACAAGUAAAGAUUAUAUUCAAAUACAACAAAUAAAACAUAAUGAAUUAAAAUUAAAAUUAUCAUUAAAUGAGCCAAAAUUAAAUGAAACAAUUCAUGUACAUGGUGAAAAAUUAUUAGAAUUAUGUCAAAAUGAUUUAGAUAAAGAUGAUAUACAUCGUAGUAUUAAAGAAUUAGAUCAUGAAUGGUCAGAUAUUAAAUUAAAAUUAGAUAAUUGUCAAUUAGAAUUAGAAACAUCAAUGACAAAAUCUAUUGAAUUUAAUAAAAAAUUAGAUAAUGUAUCAAUAUGGUUUGAUAAUAUUGAACAAUUGGCACCAUUUCUUAGACAAGAUGAUGAAUCACAAUUAAUUGUAGAUGAAUCAUUUGAACAAAUUCGUACAGCAAAAGAUCAUUUAGAUUGUAAAUAUUUGGAUAUAAUACAUUUACAACAAGAUUAUACAGAUAUUUUACAAAAACGAUCGGAUGAUGAUUAUUUACCAGAAAUACAAAUGAAACAGGAAAAUAUAAUUCAUGAACAAUUAAGUUCAAUUGAUGCUAAAUGGAAUCAGAUAAAUGAACAAAUUCAAGAACGUAAAACAUUAUUAUAUGAAACAGCUCUUAAUAAUCAACGUAUAUCUCUUGUUAUCAAUGAUAUUUAUUCAUCUUUGACAGAUUGUGAUUCAAAAGUUUCAAAAAUUGGUGCCAAUGGUAUUGUUGGUGAUGUCAAAAAACUUGAAAUGGAUAUAUCUAAAUUAAAAAUGUUAAUUAAUGAUAUUGAAUUGAUUAGCUAUGAUAUUGAACAAUUAAAAGAAACGGUUAAUUUAAGUCAAAAUGAUAAUCGUCAUGAAAAUAUUGAUGAUAUACAACAAUCAAUUGUUGAUAUAACACGAAAAUGGGAUACAUUAUUAAAACGUUCAAUUGAAAAAUAUCGUCUAUUAGAAUUAUAUUUACAACAAAUUCAAAGUAUUCGUGAUAAUCUUGAACUAUUAGAUAAAGAUUUAGAUAAUUUAAAUAAACGUAUUGUUGGUUUUCAUUUGAAUGCUGUUGGAUAUGAGACAAAAAAUCAAAAUGAUAAAUUUAAUGAUUUAUGUUUAGAAUUAAGUUCAAAUGAACAACGUUUAGAAAAAUUAUUUGAACAAAUUAAUUUAAUAAAAAAUGAUAAUAAUGAAAAUAAUCUUACAAUAUUAACGAAUUUAUAUGAACAAUUAAAACUUAAAUUUGAUCAAGUACAACAGAAUACAUUAAAAAAAGGACAAGAUAUAACAGAAAUAUCAAAAUCUAUUGAAUUAUUUCAUAUAACAUUACAAAAAUUUAUUGCCUGGUUAACAGAUACCGAAAGACAAUUGAAUAAUUUAAAUCCUGUUUGUCGUGGUAUAUUACCAACAAUUUUAAAACAAAUUGAUGAUCAUGAUCAAUUUCAACAAAUGUUAAACGAAUAUAAAGAGUAUCUAUUAAAUUUACAAAAAUUAGGUACACAUCUUAAAUUUACAUGUCCAAAACAAGAUUGUACUCUUGUUAAAAAUCUAUUAUUAUCUGUUCAACAACGAUGGGAUAAAAUAAUCGUUCGAUCAAAAGAAAGAACAAGAGAAUUAAAUAAAGCAUAUCAAGAAGCAAAACAGUUUAACAAUGAUUGUCAAGAAUUAGAACAAUGGUUUGAUUUAUCAAUUGAAAAAUUAGCUGAACAAUCGACAAAUAAGAAUGAAAAUGGCGAAUUGAAACAACAACUAUUGAAACAUAAAGAAUUUUCACGUUUAUUAGGAACAAAACAGAUUCCAUACGAUCAUAUACAACGUCAAGGAAAAAAAUUAAUGGAAAUUAGUAAUCGAGAUAAUGAUAGGGCGAAAUUAAAUGAGUUAUGUAAACGUCUAAAAGAUAAAUGGGCAAAAUUAUGUACCAUGUCAUUAGAAAGACAACGUUAUAUCGAACAUUCAUUACUAUUAUGUGGACAAUGUAAUGAUGCUCUACAAUCAUUAAUUGAAUGGUUAUCAUCUAUUGAGCAAUCAUUGCGUAAUGAUCGAGUCUAUGGUGAUAUUGAUACGGUUAUUAAUGAAAUUGAAUUACAUAAUAUAAUUGAAAAUGAAUUUGAUAUUCGUACAUCUGAAAUUGAAUCAAUUAAAGUUACAGUUCGACGUUUAGUCUCUUCAUCGUAUGAUGAUGCUCAAUCAGCCGAACAACAAUUAUUAAAUCUCGAUCAUAUGUGGGAUGAAAUGUAUGAUUUAUGUAAAAUAAAACAUGAUAAAUUAGAAAUAGCCUAUGAAUAUGCACAACGAUUUAAUAAACAAACAAAAGAGUUACUCGACUGGAUAAUGAAAUGUGAACACUAUCUUAAAUUUACUUUAUCAUCCGGAGAAAUUACUGAUUAUGAUCAAUUGAAUGAAUUAAAUGAAAAAUUUGAACAAUAUUUACAACAAUACAAAGAAAAAGAAGUUUCAUGUAUAGAAAUAAUUGAAUUAGGACAAUUUAUUUUAGAUAAAUCUCAUCAAGAUUCAAUUCUAAUUAUUAAACAAUGGUUAAGUGUUAUUAAAUCAAGAUGGAUGGAUCUUCAACGUUUAACACAACAACGAAAAGAAAAAUUAAAAGAAUUAAAAAUGAAUCUAGAUGAAAAUGAAAAUGUAAUUAAUGAAUUAAAUCAAUGGUUAGAACAGAUAAAUAUACCAAUUGAUGAAACAGAAAUAUUACCAACAAUUUCAGAACAAUUAAAUCAACUACUAGAUGAACAAAUAAGAGUGAAUCAAAAUUUGUAUAGUAGACAAAAUGAUAUUGAACGAUUAGUUCAGUUUUAUCAACCAACUAAUGAGACUCUAACAACGAUGCCGACAACUACUACCGCCUAUGGUAAAAAAGUGAGCAAAUUAAAAAGACCAUCAGCAAGAAUAAGUGCUUUACCACAACCAACAUUGAUAACAUCACCAUCACAAUCAAAUUUGUCUACAACCAUUCAAAAUCCUAAAGUUCGAACAUUAGUUAAAAAAUGGACACAAUUAAAAACUAUAGGUGAACAAAAACAAAAACGCAUACAGGAUGCCAUUGAACAUGAAGAAGCGUUGGAACAAAUGCAAAAUUUUAGUUUUGAUAAAUGGCGUCGCCGUUAUAUCGGAUGGUUGAGAGAUAAUCGUGCUAGAAUUAUGGAUAUAUUUCGACGUUUAGAUCGAGAUAGAACAGGUAAAAUUAGUCGAGAUGCAUUUAUUAAUGGAAUAUUACAAACAAAUUUUGAAACAAAUCGUGUGGAAAUGGAAGCAGUUGCAAAUCAUUUUUAUGAUAAAGAAAAUUUUAUUGAUUAUAGAGAAUUUUUUGCAGCACUUAAACCAGAACGAGAGUUAAUUCGACCAGUUACAGAUACAGAACGAAUUAAAACAGAAGUCAAUAGACAGGCAGCACUUUGUCAAUGUUCAAAAAAAUACGAAGUACAACAAGUCGCUGAGGGACGAUAUCGAUUUGGUGAAAGUCAAAGUCUUCGUUUAGUAAGAAUAUUGAGAAGUACAGUGAUGGUCCGUGUUGGUGGAGGAUGGACAGCAUUAGACGAGUUUCUAGUUCGUCAUGAUCCAUGUCGAGGAAUGCAUGUGUUCAAUGAAUUUAUGGAAACAUUGGCAUUCACGAAUGCCAAUAUUCCUUUGACAGCGACAGCAGAGAGCUCAGAAAAUCUGACAGGACGUUUAUAUUAUAUUCAAGAAGAUAAAGAAACUAAAGGUAGAACAAACUACGAAUUACAUGAACAUUAUUCGUUACGUGAUGGUGUUAGUCAAACAAUGAGCUUAUUUAAACCGAAAAUUAUUACUAUACAUCGACCAUCGUGUAUCCUUCAUCCUCAACAGCAACAACAACUUCAAGCACGUUCAGCAGCUACAACAACACCAAAAUCGAAAGACAAAUCACAACGUACAUCAUCUACCAUGUCAUUGAAUCAGGAUGAAGUAUCGUCAACAGCUUCCGUUGAUGAUUUAUCAUCAGUAGCAAGUCCUGAUCAAACUCCAAUUGAUCAAAUAAGUGAUAUCGAUCAUUCAUCAUCGAAACAAAAUGGUAACAACAGUAGCGAUGGUCCAAAUGGUGUAGGAGGAACGUUGAGUCAUGCAUCGAGUAAAGACAGUAUUCUAUCUGAACAGUCAUCAAAUUCUACUCAACGAACGAGUAAAUUACCUGUAUCAAUAAAUCGAUUAAAGAAACAUUCAAUACCAUCAUCAGUUACAAAACCUUAA